GCUGGAGGAAGCAAGGGGAAAACUCCAUUAAAAAGCCCAGCUUCCCUCCAUGUUAGAUGUGAAGUGGAAAAAGGGGAAGAUUUAGCAGAAUUCCACCGUGUCUUCUAGCCAGGCUGGAGAGGGGAAGAGCACAGCGAAUUCGGAGGAAAAAAUGAGGGUUUCUUAACUCAAACUAAAGGGGAAAGGGACAGAUGCUUUUAAUCAUUCUCCCAAAUGUGUGCCACCUUUCCUGACCAGUAUGGUAAGCGCGAGGGCAUGUGCCGGCUGCCUGGGACAGGUCCGUGUGAUCCCAGGCGCCCUAAGUAAGGCAGGGUGAUCUCGAGCCCGCCGCUCGCCCGCUUCCCGCGCUCCAUGGGCUUCGGGAGAAGCAGGAGAAGCCACAGCGGCUGCCGGGUGCCGGCAGCUGGAGCCGCCGGGAUGAGCUGCACCGAGCGCGGUGACAGGCGCUGCGGCUGCGGGGCAACGGAGGAGAAGAAGAUGCUCAAGUGCGUGGUGGUGGGGGACGGCGCCGUGGGGAAAACCUGCCUGCUGAUGAGCUACGCCAACGACGCCUUCCCAGAGGAGUAUGUGCCCACUGUGUUUGACCACUAUGCAGUUACUGUGACAGUGGGAGGCAAGCAACACUUGCUCGGACUAUAUGACACCGCGGGACAGGAGGACUACAACCAGCUGAGGCCGCUCUCCUACCCCAACACCGAUGUGUUUUUGAUCUGCUUCUCUGUCGUGAAUCCUGCCUCUUACCACAACGUCCAGGAGGAAUGGGUUCCAGAGCUGAAGGACUGCAUGCCUCAUGUGCCUUACGUCCUCAUAGGGACCCAGAUUGAUCUUCGCGAUGACCCCAAAACCUUGGCCCGUUUGCUGUAUAUGAAAGAGAAACCUCUCACUUACGAGCAUGGUGUGAAGCUUGCAAAAGCGAUCGGAGCACAGUGCUACUUGGAAUGUUCGGCCCUAACUCAGAAAGGUCUCAAAGCGGUUUUUGAUGAAGCGAUCCUCACCAUUUUCCACCCCAAGAAAAAGAAGAAACGCUGCUCUGAGUGUCAAAGCUGCUGUUCAAUUAUCUGAGGCUGCUGGGGGACCGGCCCCCACCCACCUGAGGGUGAGAGUGGCGCCGACCUCUGAGACCAAGCUCAAGCCACGAAGGAGGGCGCGACCAGAGAGGAAGUCCCCUUGCACGGAGCCCUGCUCCUCCACCCCGGGAGCCCCCAUCCCCACCCGCAAGCACAGCGCACCAGCUGCCACGUCCCCCCUUCCAGCCCGAAGCGUCCACAUUGCGCAACCUGUGAGAAUGCUGAGCCCGCCGGAGGUCACCCAGCGACGCUGCUGACCAUGUUGCAAACGAAGGCAAAGACCAUGCUGCGUUUUGCGUGUCCCCUCCACGAACGUGAGGCUGAGGAUAGGAAACCAUCCCCAAGAAACCAGAAGAGGAACUCGGUUCCUGUAUUGGUGGCCUUACCCCGUGUCUUCUACAAAACACAGGAAUACUACACUAACCUUGUUUUCUGAAUCUGUUGUUCGACCUAUGCGUCUUGCAUUUAUUUGUAUUAUUUUAAGAAAUGUACUAAUUUACCAAUUUACUCAGGCCUUACAAGUCCAUACCAAAUUAGCCUAAAGACAAAAUAUUUUUUAUUCAUUUCCAUUUUCAGCCUGUUUCUACCAAAGCUAUUAGAACCAACACGUACCUCUGAAUGCCUGACUGUAAGAAGAAAACAAGAAAAUGUUACAACUUUUGGAAAUGUACAAAGCCAAGAUUUUUUAAUCUGGUUGAAAGAGAAACACCACCUGAAUUGUUGCGGGGCCACAUUUUUGCCAAAGAUUCACCCUGGAAAUGCUUUCGCUGAUGGGUAGCCUUAUUUUUAUUCUAUAUUUAUAUUGUCAUGGCAAAUUACAAAUGAACUGUGUUCAAGAAAGUAGUACUUCUGCUUCUUAAUCAAACUGAUUGGGGGAGAAUAUGGCAGACCUAGGUUUUAAAAUAUUCUCUAUUCAGCAAAGUGAACUUCCCUGUUCCCUCCCUUCCCGGGCUCAUGCCCUUUUCCUCCCUUAAUUUCACUUUCUCCCUUGCCCAAUAACAACCUGAUCUAAAAGAAAGACCUGGCCAUGGGGCAUGAAAAAGUAAAUGUUUAAAAGUCCUCAAAGGUUAAGCAAAGUGUUUCCAUAUUUCCACUUGCUUCAACCUGAAGGGUUUCUCAGCUGGGUCCCCUUGGAACUCUAAGGAACUAAAUGACGUUUUCCAAGUGCAGCUGGUACUAAUAUAUUGCCUCUCCCUAUUUCCUACACUCAUUGUCCCAAAUGUGCAUUUAGGGGAUGGAUCUGCGGGUACCAAGCUCUGAAUCUGUUUAUCCCCGCUUUCAAAAUGCUGUGUUCUGUAGAACAGGACCUUCGGUCUUGGAAAGUAAAAGCCCCCAGUAAAGAAUGAUGUGCCCUUUCCAUAUGCCUCUUCCAAACAGCCAGGGAUUCUUGUAUCAUAGAGUGAAUUAUUUCCUAGCUUUUAUUUAGAGACGAUAAAGUCUCCUAAUUAGUCUUAUUUGUUUACAGUUACCUUGGAAACACCCAGGUAGGCACUUCACUUUUUAUUUCAAUUGCAUAAGCAAAGUGCCUCUUUGCAGCAUCAAAUUACACCGAUUUUAGCAUAACAAUUUCCGGAUUCACACUCCUUCUGUUGGAAAAAUCCAGUCUUUCUUGUCCCUUCUGCUCCUGGAGGAAAUCCAUAAAAAAGAAACAUAUGAUGUGGGUCUUUUCUGUUAAGACCUUCCAUGACAUCCCCUCAGUUGUUUGGAUUUGUUUGUUUGUUUAGAAUUUCUGAAAGAAGUUUUCCCCUGUUCCACGUUGCAAGACCUAUUUCCCUGCUCUCCCAUCUAGUUGCUAAACAUUUUCUUAAACACGCACAUACAUGCGCGCGCACACACACACAUAUCCCAAACUAAAAGAAAACGGGAGUUUUGUAAGUCAAAGCUUGACAUUUAGAGACAAAUAGGACUUUCUUCCUCUGUAAAUGGAAAUCAACCGUGCAUAAACUAUAACUCUGCAGAGGUUAUGGAUUCAUUCUUUACAAACAAUAAUGAGCAUUUAGCCCUGUAAUAAAUGGAAUGCUGUGUUAGCCAGCUUUGUUGCAUUAUUGCAUAGUUACAUCUUACUAAAGGGGCCAUUCCUCACUUCUCAUUAAUGUGGAUGAAAAAGUCAGAGCUGUAUGUUUGCUCCACCAAGGAGAAUUUUCCAGAUGUGUGCUUCCAAUAGGCGAGUGGUUCCCCAGGCCAUCACCUCCCUACUGGACCACGGGGAUUAACUCGUUCACAGUGAGAAGAUCAUCCUCUCACCUAGAACCAGAACCUGAAGAGAGACUGUUAGUGUCUUCGUGGAGAGGCUCCUAAAGAUCACAGGAGCUCAUUAUUAAAUAAAAUGAUGAAGAACAAAGUGACCUAAAUGAGUGAAUGUCAUUCCACCAAAUUAACUAUGUAUUCCCUGUUUCAUGGCAAGAGGUAGUUCAUUUCCUGCCAUAAGAUUAAACAAAACUAUAUUCUGAAGCCAAAGAUCAGAAGAGAUUUGAAAGAAGGAUCUGAAGAAGGAUCCUUGACCUUUGACCAUCUGCCAAAGUCAAGAAGGGGCAGCCAAUCUCCACUGGAGGGUAGAAUCUUAGCUUUUCAAAGUUAGAAGAGGCCCCAGAAAAUAUAGUCCAACUCCCUCAUUCUACAAAUGAGGAAACUCAAGUCCGGAUGGGUCAAAAGAAAUGUGUGGUGGCAGAGCUGGAACAGACCUCAGCCAUUCUGCUUCUCAUCCAGAGCCCUGAACUCCGCACUGUAAUCUGUUCAUUAUCACAGAUACUAAGUUAUAGUUUUGCAGGUGUAUUAUUGGAGUUGCAUUUGUUCAUCCUACAGAUCUUGGCCCCAUUUCAAAUACAUGACUUAGGCCACUAUAAAUUAGAUAAUCCAUCACACUAGUAAUUACGUAGAGACAAGAAUUUGAUCUGCAGUAUGCUUAGAAUCCACAAUAUACAAUGUACUAUAAUCCCAAUCUAAUUGCACAGUAUACAGCAAUGUAAUCAAGUAGCUGGUUUGACAGAUAUUUUUUUUCUCGGUUAAAUGGUUGGUUAUUUGGCAGAAUUAAUGGACUCCCUGGGCUAUUUUGGAAACACAAAAGACUACCACAAGAGUCAAAGCCUUGUCACGGUAAGUAAUCUGGGCUGAUUUCUGCCAAGAAAAGGUAUACUCAAAGAACAAUUACUGAAUGCAAUAACUACAGCAAGCCUAAACCAAGAAGCAGUAAACUGGGAAAUGAAAAAAAUAAUUCAUACACAUAUGACAGGAAGGAAGUUUUGGUCCUGAGACUCCAAUAACAAUAUGUCUGAUCAUGAUACGCAAAGAACCAUUUGGAAGAUUUCUGGUCCAUAAAAGAAGUGCCAGAUGCAGUAACCAUGCACAAUUUUCAUAGAACCAUCAACGAGGAAAUAAUAUUUAACUGGUAGUAAAGGGGCAAUCACAACCAUGCUCACAAUUUUAGGAGAAAUUAAAGAAAGUUAAACCCCAAACUUGAGGCCAACAAAAAUGUGCAUUAUGUAGGGUGUAGGUUCUUGUGAGCAGUUAAUAACCUCGCCAAGUAGAGUGUUCAAAAGAAAUACUUGACCCGAGAUAAACAUUUAAAGAUGUAGUGUUGCAUUCACAAAGGCAAACUCAUCCAUGAGACCAAAGUGAUAGAAGAUUAGAAAUUGAGGUUUGCUCUAAAGGAAUGUUUGGCACCAUGCUGGAGAUGAUUAUCUAGCCCUUUAUGUCUUCGGCCUCUAUGUUUGGAUGCCAGAAUGCAAAAUGUGCCUUCUCUCUCUACGGUGAGAGCCACAGGUCACCAGCUACUCUCUUACAAGUCAUUGAGUAGGCUGCCCAAGUACAAAUAAGGAAACUCAACAGAAUAUUUUCAUCUCAAGAACCAUUAGGAACAGAAAGGGAAAAAGAAGAUGGGGGAAACCGAGUUUCUUACAAAGGAAAUUAGGUACUUUUAAAAAGGAAUCAUUUAGAGAAUGGAGAGAAAACUAAAACGAAACACAAGGCAAAACACACACACCUGACAAUUCUCCCAGGCAGGGGCUAAGUUCUGCCUGGCCUCCAGAGCCCUAAGGAAGAAAGGAGGACCGUUCAUGUGAAGAGCAUUCCAGAGUCAGCCUAGAGGGCUCAUCAUAUGAUAAUUCUAGAUAAUUCCACCUCACCAUUCCCUAAAAAUGUUGAAAUUCUGGACAGUGCUCUUUGGGUCUUUGGGAGCAAUGUGGUGGGGUCAUCAUGCUCACACCUUCCCUGCUAAUAUGGAGCAGAUGGGGGAAAUUUACCAAGGAAUAUGAGUGAAUCAAUUAUCUUGAAAGUUUUUUAAGCACUAGCAUGACUUAAAAUCUGAAAAGGAUGACUUUGUGAUAUCUGGAAAGACAGUAACUUGUAUAAAAGGUAUGUAUUCAUCUUCAGCGGACUAUCUCCGAAUAGAACGAUGGCCUUUAGCAUGCACAACAACAGUAACAGAACUCAAAAACAUGAGCUAAAGCAACAAUGCCUGGUGCUUCAGUAUCAGCAAAGCCCAGAAAGGAGAUGAAAACGCUGAGCUCCACACAGAGGUAUUUCGGGCUUCAGAGGCUGGGCAGCGCUCGUCGGAGAUCUCUGUAGGUUAGGGGAGGAAUGAGUCAAGGAGGGUCUGGCUCAUCUGUGAAUUCAGGGAUGCAAGUUCAACAACAGUUCUUGGCUUUUAACUUCCAGGACAGGAAACUAGAGUGAAAGCUGCAUGAUUUGUCUUGGUCACAAUCUAUUUUUUUUUCUCCUUAGGGAAUAUUAUGUCAAAAUCCAGAGUCGUUUUGUGCCUGUGUGCUUUAAACAUGUUCUACCCUGGUAAUCGCAUUGUGUCCUGAGUUCUGCAGUGGCUCAGAAGCUUCUUGCUGCUAUAGCCAGAGUGAUUUUGUUGUAUCUUCAGCCAUGUCCUCCGAACCUCUCAGUGUAUGCAGUUAUCUUUGACGAACGGGGUCUGAUCAGUGGUUUAGGGGAUAUGAUGUCUGGGGCAAUAUGAGGAGAGGGUCCCCAAGGCACAGAACUGAGUCUCACCGUACAAGCCACAUUAGCUCCCCGAGCUUCCCAGUAACCCUGCACAUGCCCGUCUUUUGAGUUUGUUAAUUCUUCUCAGGAAGAAAUAGUAAGACUUUCAUGGCAGGAUGGUAUGUUUGGGACAGCUUUGUAAAUACCUAAAAUUAGCACCACCUGCCAUUUUUUAACUCAAAUUUUUAAAGCAAUCCUCUCCUAGAGGAACCAUGGGAAGGAAGGUUAAUGAAUUCUACAUUCUUUGCAUCACCUGGCUUAAAUUGUUUUUUUUGCCCUGAGUAAACAGUAAUUACCAUUUAAGUACAUCUCAGCAGAAUUUUAUCCCACCUGAAACAGUCCAUGUUGUUCCCGAUGUGAUCGCUACAGGGGGAACAAUAGACAAGGGAAGGACUGCCUUUCUUACAACCUGUUUCUUAUGUAACGGCUAUUCUAUGUACACUUUUGUAAUUCAUGGAAUAUUAUUUCACGUUCUCUUUAACCUUGCAGUUUGCUUUAUGCCAUGUUCUGACGUUAAAGUCAUUAAAUAGUUUUUUUCUCCUACUCUCAUUUCUGAGUUUUCUGAGGGUGUCUUCAUCAGCCACGUGAGCAAACUGCCUUCCCCAGGCCUCCGUUAGAAUGGGAAACCAUCCAGCCCUUUGCUUCUCCAAGUGUGUCCUAGGGACCAAUAGUCCGCAUCACUGUGGAAGAGCCAGUUAGUGCUACAGAAACUCAGGCCCAGUCCAGACCUACUGAAUCCAAAUCUGCAUUUUAAAUCUGCACUUAAUAAGACCCCCCAGGUCACCUGCACAUUAAAAUUUGAGAGGGACUGAUCGACGAGAUGACCCACCACCAGUUGUUAAAUCCAAAUGUGUAGCUGCCUGAUGAAGAGACCAUCCGCUUUGUUUGUCCCUCUGAUGCUACCCUUUGGGUAUUCGUUGGGCUAAUAUUUUGUUGUUCGCAUUUAUUGGGUGAAUAAAAAGGCUUCCAGAAGCCUGUCAUGUGAUGCACAGCUGCAGUAAAGCAAUAAUCCUAUUUUGGAAUUAAAAGCAGAAAAAGCAGCAUCUGGUUUGAAAGAUCUGCUAAAUCUGAAAUACUUCUGUUCUUCAAGGUUUUUUGGUGUUUAUAAGGGAGAGAGGAAAAAAUGCCCUCCAAAACUAUUUUCCAUGAAAAAACAAGAAAGAUUCAUAUCACAGGAAGUUAUGAACUUAUAAAAGGAAGAUAAAACAAAUUUCUGAGGCAUAAAAGUUUGGAUGAAGCUUCUGUCUGCAUUGCUUAAGACGUGCUCUAGAUGCCAAAAUAAGGGUUGACCACAAACGUGUCCUCUCAGCGGGGCCUUCCACAGAUUUAUAUCCUUAUUGUCCUAUGCACAGACCAGAGUUGUAUUCACUUAUUCAAUAUAUUUUUACUAAACAUCACUGGGAGCCAUACUUGAUUUCCCCACACACACCCGCCCCCUCCCCCAUGUACAAGAGCUCUUUAAAAAUUGCACGCACACACGCAAACACACGCAUGUGGAAGUAGAUCAUCUUAUUCAAAUCCCAUUGUUGCCGAGUAAAUUCUGAAGGCAAAUCAUACCUACCCUCAAACAAAUGAAGAAAAAGCACAAGGGUCAUCACUUCCUUUGUACCUGCAAAUGGCCUACUAGUUAUCUGGCUGGGAGAUCAGCGAUUCCAACCCAGAAUGACCCGAUGUCAUUGUGCAGAUACAAUCAUUCGGGGACCACCUCCUCUGUGAAGGACGACCUUCCCCGUCUGGCAGCAGGCUUCCCUUCACACUGCUGACAGAGUUCUGACCUUGGUACUCAAAAUCAGGUGUCCUCCUUCACGCUCUAGGCUGAGGGAACCCACCGGUGUCCCAAGAUUCCUUUAAACUGAAGUUACUUGUAAACUGGGACAGCUUUUACAUAUGGGAGCAGUUUGGCUACCAAAAGCGGUCAGCAUUCUUGGAAGGGUUUAGUCAAAUCCCAAAAUAGAAUCUUACCAAAGAUUAUUUUCAUUAUUGCAAAUGUAUCCCUGAUUUCUUGCUCUUAAACCACUGGUCCAAGCCGCCAAAAAGUGCUCCUUACACCAGGGACUGCCACAGCCCUGCACACCCACCCUUCACUUUCUUCCCCAGGCCUCACAAUAAAGCCUGUUUUCUCUCUUCAUAAGAAACUAAUAGAGCAAGAAAAUUGGCAUCAACAAUCAAUCUCUCUUCAAGAAUCCAUUUCCUCGCAAUUUUUAAAUGUUUGAUUUCCAGGCCCUUUAUGGCAAGAGUAAAAGAAAAUCCCAGUCCAAGAUAUCUGAGAGCCACCUUUUUUGAAUAAAAACUAUUCCUACUAAAUUAAGCACAUGGAAAUAAUAAAGUGCUAAAGAAGGGAAACCCCUCAAUCAGAGCCCACUCUUCCCCUCGUCUGCAGCGUACAGCACAGAGCUUGGCAUGAGUGAACCGACGGCACAUAAGUUCUUUUUGGCUUUGUCCUGAAGUUGGCUCAGAUUUUGGUAAUGCUGAAAUUUGCAUCCCAUUUCAAUUGGACUUUAUUUCUCAUUAACUGGUAUUUAUGUUUCAAUAGGGAAAUGUUUCAGCAUUAGCUUCCUGAGGUGGCUCAAGCAGGAGCUAAAAGCUGAACAAAAUCUUCCUCUUAAAAACAUUUCCAACCUAUUUUAAAAUGCUGAUGUCUUAAAUCCACUCAGUAAAAUUGGCUACCCACCCCUCCAAAUAUUUUAAUCUUGAUAUGCAGAUUUCAUAUCUUCAGACAGAAGAUGGAGGUUCGGAACAACCUAGAAUCUUAGAUCACCUCCCUUAGAUGGUGUACCUCGUCAUGCUGUAGACAUACCUAGAUUUAUAAGUAGAAAUCUCUGCAGGAGCAACACAGAGAGGUCAAGAAAGCAUGAUCUGUUCAUACAUUUCCUGUAGAAAGAACAUGCAAAGUAACAGGAUUAAAUUUCUAUUUUAAGUGCAUAGUUCUGCAAGAAUCUUUCCUCGAGAUAAUGACAAUUCUUAAUUCAUCAUAACCUUUUUUGUGUAUGCAUAGUUUAAAUUUAUUUUAAGUGAAUAAAUGCUCUUUUAAAUAA